AUGGACACUCGGUCCAUGCUAGAGACCUUUGACUCCAUGCCGAACGAGAUGAAGACAUUUAUGAUGUACCAGCUCCUUCGCCGCUGUCCCCGCAAGACACUCCACAUGGUCGCCGACGUUGUGAAUCCGGCUCUCAAAUGUGACUUCCUUAAGCAACUUCCACUUGAGCUCAGCCUCCACGUUCUCUCUUAUCUCGAUCACCGAGACCUCAGCCGCGCAGCCCAGGUUUCCAAGCACUGGCGCAAUAUCGUCGAUAGCAACGAAACCGGCUGGAAGGAACUAUUUGAUCGAGACGGUUUCGAACUUCCCGCGGGAGAGCUCGAGAAGGCUAUCACACAGGGAUGGGGCUGGCAAGAUCCUGUUGGCCCUGAAGGCUGCGAGCUUGACCUUAGCCUGCAGAAUCGACUUACUUCGACUGAGACCGAGCUGAUCAAGUCAACGGUCAAGUCCGAACCUCUCCCGAAGCUGCGCAGCUCGAAGCGGAAGCGUGGCUUGAACAACUUUAGCUCGGAGCGCUCGAAGCGACGUGCCAGCGCCCAGGAGGCGCCUAAGGAUGAUAGGUUUUACAAUAGCACCAAGUUGCACAAAUCUGAAGGACCCAUCUCAGCCGCGAGUGCCGCUGCCGUGGCUGUUCCAGAUCCACAGAUUGGUCUCGCGAGUCUCCGAAAACUCCAUCUGUUCAAAUCCCUAUACCGCCGUCACUACAUGAUUCGACAGAGCUGGACAAGCGGCAAAGUAAAGCCUGGCCAUGUAGCGUUCGCAGCACACCCGCGUCACGUCAUUACCUGCCUGCAAUUCGACGAGGAUAAAAUUAUCACGGGAAGCGAUGAUACACUUAUUCAUGUUUACGAUACGAAGACGGGCAAGUUGCGGAAGAAGCUCGAAGGUCAUGAGGGUGGGGUCUGGGCUCUGCAGUACGAAGGCAACACGCUUGUGUCGGGCAGUACAGACCGCUCAGUGCGUGUCUGGGACAUUGAGAAAGGCCUCUGUACGCAGGUCUUUUACGGUCACACUUCCACAGUUCGGUGUCUUCAAAUCCUUAUGCCCACGGACACCGGGAAAGUACAGGACGGCAAACCUGUAAUGAUGCCGCCUAAGCCCUUGAUCAUCACAGGCUCGCGGGAUAGUCAACUCAGGGUGUGGCGACUCCCUGAAGCAGGCUCGAGACGAUACAUUCAGACCGGCCCUCCCGCAAACGACGCCGAGUGCCCGUACUUUAUCAGAAUAUUGUCGGGCCAUGCACACUCCGUCCGUGCUAUUUCUGCUCACGGAGACACGCUUGUCUCUGGAAGUUAUGAUUCUACGGUACGAGUGUGGCGUAUUAGCACCGGCGAGGCUCUUCAUGUCCUUCACGGUCACAGCCAAAAGGUCUACAGCGUUGUGCUAGAUCACCAACGCAAUCGCUGUAUAUCAGGGUCAAUGGAUUCUCUGGUGAAGAUCUGGGAUCUUGAGACCGGUGCUUGUCUACAUACACUUGAAGGCCAUUCCCUCCUCGUCGGUUUGCUCGACCUUCGGGACGAGCGUCUCGUCUCAGCAGCCGCCGACAGCACACUCCGGAUCUGGGACCCUGAGAAUGGCAAAUGCAAAAGUACUCUGAUGGCGCAUACCGGUGCUAUCACCUGCUUCCAGCAUGAUGGCCGGAAGGUUAUUUCAGGAAGCGAGAAAACCGUGAAGAUGUGGGACAUCCAAACCGGCGAUUGCAUCCAAGAUCUAUUAACGGAUCUGAGCGGUGUAUGGCAGAUUCUCGACUUCGGUGCGGUCCGCGAUGGAAAGCCACCAGAAGAGCUCGGCAAGCGUAUCUUGCUUAACGCGCCGGAUGUACAGCGGCUCAUCGAAGAGGAGAUGUGA